GGGAAAUACAAUUCCUAUUGUGGUUAGAUUGUAAUUUGGUCAAAGUGUUCGUCUCUGUCUGCUUUUCUCCUCUGGCAGUUUGGCUGGCUGACUUCUGAUUCUUUCAAUUUACUCGGCUUCACUAGUCAGGAAAAGGCUGAUAAACCUAGGGUUUGCAAAUUGUGUUAUAGAGAGAAAGAAAUGGCAAAUCAAGGAGCCAAGAAGCGCAAGGAAGAGAACAUACGCCAUAUGGCGAAGCUCCGCCACCUCAUUAUUGCCUGCAAUGUUAUAUAUGUCUUGGUGAGGAUGCUGAUUUUCCACUCUACUUUCACUUGGAAACAUUGGAUGGGUUUGGUUUUCACCUCUAUAGCUUAUUUCAUUCCCUAUCAACAACUUGCUGCAAUGGCAAAACCUUCUUAUGGAGAUGAUGGGGAGCUUCUUGAUGGUGGGUUUGAUAUGAGCACCGGUGGAAUUUGUGGCUAUCUCCAUGAUGUUAUCUACAUUACAAGCUUUGUGCAACUCACAUCCAUUAUCUCAGAAAAAUUUUGGUACACGUAUCUGGUGAUACCAGCAUUUGGAGCAUACAAAUCCUUUGGAUUCAUUAAAGGAUUUUUAUCACUAGGGUCCGAGGGGGAUGUGGAAGAUGAAAAGACACGAAAAAAGAGGGAGAAGCUGGAGAAGAAAGCGUCACGGGCCAAGUUUGUUAAGACAAGGAAUAGAUAAAGCCAUUUUGUUGAAACGAGUGCCAGCUUGUAGAUGUAAUUCAUUUUUGAAAGACAGCAAUUCACACUUACAAAUUCUGAACAGUAUAAUUUGGAGAAUUGGAUGUCAGUUGAGGAAUUUCAUAACAGUCGUGCAUAACUUUUUUGCUGUUGGGGAUCAUAAUAUUGACAAUUAGAUGCUAGAGAUGGUUCCAUUUUCAUGCUUCCUAUAAAAUUAUGUUCAGAAGUAAGCCAUUGACUUAUAUAUAUUGUAUGUGCGACUUAAAGGCUGUGAUUGGAGAAUUCAACAUGAGGUUCACAAUUUUUUAUUGUGUUGC